GCAGGUAAACAAACCGUUUUCUUGGCAAAAAAUCAAUAACCAAAAGCUAACGGGAUUGACCGGAUUGGCCAAUUUAUUCACCGUUCACCGUGUCGCUAGAAUAAGAAUCAAUUAGGUGCUCCGUGAUCGUUUCUUUUUUAUUAGGAUAUCUGCGGUCGUUCACGUUUAUUUUGAAACCAAAAAUUUUGAGUGCUCAUGGUUAUUUGCGUUGUAUUGUCGGAAAACCAUGAAAACAGGGAUUAAUCAGCUGAGCUAAGUCACUUUGGUGGGGUCGGCGGAAAGUCACGUCGUAGAGUUCAACAAACGAGGAACGUAUUUUCUUCAAGAAUAUCAUAAUGCGUUUUACCACAGCCGCAAUAUCUUUGAUUACUUUUAUUGUGAUAUUUUCGAUAUUUGUGGCAAAUGUCGCGAAUUUGGUUGGUAUUGACAGCAAGCUGAGUAAGCGGCUGGAUGCCGCUUAUAGUGAAGGCCAGCAACGAUGGAAUGCGGAACGACAACGGUGGACGGGUGGUUCUUUCAAGCUUGACGAUAGCCCGCGGCAUCUCAUGUGGUUUCUACAGAUCUCCGAUCUUCACAUCAGCCUCUAUUUAGACCCGACGCGCAUUCCCCACCUGAUCGAGUUUUGUAAUCGCACGGUGGAUAUAAUUCGACCGUCGGUGGUUUUAGCAUCCGGCGAUCUGACGGAUGCGAAAACGGCCAACUUUCUUGGAUCCCAGCAGCACGAGAAAGAGUGGCGUUGGUAUCGGGACGUUCUGCGAGAUACAAACGUGUUAAACAAAACUGUUUGGUUGGACAUUCGAGGCAAUCAUGAUAACUUUAACGUCCCAGCACUGCAAGCCAAGCAGGAUCUGUUUACCAACUAUUCCGUUCAGGGCAGAGCACACCCACGCUCAUACAUGCAUCAUUUAGCGACGAAGGAUGGCGAUCGUUACAGCUUCAUAGGGGUUGACGCCUGCUUAGAACCAGGCCCAAAACGACCAUUUAAUUUUGUCGGAAUGUUGUCUAUGAAUGAAACACAACAUAUCAUGAGUCUGGCAGAAAAGUCAAGGGACAUGGGAACGAAUUAUACGAUUUGGUUUGGCCAUUAUCCUACGUCGUGUAUACUGACACCAGGCUUGGGAACAAGUGGAGUUCGGAACUUGGUUGGCAAAUACCAGGAAGGGUAUGCCUAUCUUUGCGGACAUUUUCACAAGCUGGGUGGAGCAGUUCCACAAAUGUAUACGAUGCAGAGGGAAGGUUUUCUUGAGCUUGAGCUUGGGGAUUGGAUGAAAAACCGCCUCUACCGGUUGGCCGCUUUCGAUCAUGGACAAUUUUCGUUCGUUGAUUUGCAACAUAAUCAAUGGCCGGUGGUAUUGAUAACGAAUCCCAAGAAUGCACUCUUCAACAUACCUGACAAAGAGGAUCCUCAUGCCCAGCUUCAUUCUAGUCAUGUUCGGUUGCUUGCCUUUUCUCCAGCCAAGAUUACUGAGUGCCAGGUAAAAUUGGAUAAGCAAAAUUGGGUCGACUGCACUCCUGUCAGUAGGGAACUGUUUGUGGUCCCGUGGAUAGCGGAACAUUACUCGCAUGGCAUACAUAAAAUAUCCGUUUUUGUACGUGAUGAAGAUGGGCGGUAUCGGGUGAUUGAACAAGAAUUCACCCUUGAUGGAUCACGGAAGAAAUUUAGCCUGUUGGCACGCUUUGUGUUGAUGUACGAUACAAACAAAAUUUUCCAAGCUUUCUUUAGCGUGGCUUUGAUUUCCUGCUUGGUGCCGCUAUGUGUGUUUCGCAUAUGGCACAUGCUCGUGAGAAAUGGAACUGUGGCUCGUCCUCGAAUCCGAAGUUUAUGCUGUCGCGGUUGGAUUAGAAAGAUGUGGAUACUUUCGACGGUCGAUCGGCUUAUAUUUCCCAUUGUUGGAUACUGUUUGUACUUGACGUGCGGCCCGUGGUCAUUCGGGGAAGUUAUAGACGGUCACAUGGGCGUUGUUUUCGUUUGGGGCAUUUUCGUAAACGGUGCUUUUCUGCCAGGAACUUUAACCUAUUUUUACGGGUUCUUCCAACUAGUAUUCUGUCAGUUUCCGUUGAUAAAUAUUUACGCUAAUAACGCACAGAAACGAUUCUAUCGUGGACCAUCCAGCGGGGAAAAAAAGUUAAACUUUUUGGCCGCCACGUGGCAGAAUCUUUCUUUCAUCCUCAUUAUGGCGGUUGAAUUGCUGUUGGCUUUGAUCUUCUGGAAUGCUUACGGAACGUUGGCAUUUAUCAUCACCCCACUGCGGACAUGGUCUAUCGUGCUAAAUAUACUGCUGUGGUAUCAAUCGAAAAAUUUGCCUAUAAAGUGUCUUCAAUCGGCGGCUGCUGUUUGGUCUCCGCCAACAGAGUCUAAAUCGGCGCUUUCCCAGUGAUUAGUUCAUUACUAUGACUGAAAAUGUUUCACGCGAAUUUGGUAUUAAAUUAGGAAUUGAGUGUUUUCACCUUUUUCUGCCUUCGAAGGAAGCUAUUAGUUAGUAAAAUUUAUUUUUAUAUAGAAUAUAUUGACUAAGCAAAUUUGUUAUCCACAUAAUACAAUACAGAUCAUUGGUUUGAAAUAUAAUAGAAUAACCACUGUAACUAGAGACAAUUUUACAAACAACAUUCAAAAUUUCUAAGCAAUCGUGCGUAGUCUUUGAUGUACAAAAAUAAUAUGAAUGCCAGUAGCGUCACUUGAAAAGUUUUUGUUUUCUGUUAGUAUUAGGUAAAAUGUAAAACGGAUAUUUUUCUGCUAAUUUAUUUACUGAUCACUACAUUACAAUAUGACGAUUUCUAACUGAUUAGUAACAUGUGUGUCAACGUUAUUUUAAGCUGAAUUGUUACAGUACCAAAGUAUUUAAUUUUCAGGGUUAAGUUUUUUAUUGAUAAGCACAGUACAGAAUGUUUAUUUUUAAUUUGGGUUGCUGCAUUCAGUUACACUCAUACUGGCUUAUUCCACUUUGAGGCCUAACAGAGGCAAACUCUAUAAAAGUAAUGUAUGAAACAUUUAUAGAACUGAGCGUAAUGUACUAUCUCCAUAAUUGCCAAUGUUUUUCUUAUGAGGGAGUGUUUUUUUGUAAAGAACGAAUAUUGGUAGAACUGGAAAAAAUGAUAUACAAACUGUGAAAAAUAAUUGACUGUCUAGGUCGGAUUUCAGCCCACAACCCUCAAUCAUUGUUUUUUUUAUUGUUUAUUAUUGCUAAUGAAAAAAUUACAACUUUAGCAACAGCGUAAGUACAGAAAAUAAUACAGUACUUUAUUCAGAAAGAUUGUAGAUUACACUAAAGUCUACAAAUGUUACAUCCAUGACUUUUGCAGAUUUUACUUCUGAAGCAGAACAGUUCGAUGAGAGUAGGUGAGCGUAAGUGAGCCCAGUAACCCCUUUUUUAAUAUUGGUAUUUAGAUAUAUUUUCCUAUAGCCAAAGUAGGUUUUGUAAAAUUGGCUGUUUUUAUUCUAACUAUUUUUUGAGCCACCGAAUACAAAAUAAUCGAACUCCCUGUUAUAUAAUUUAUAUUAUAUUUUAUCUGUUACUACACUUCAAGAAUAGUUGAUGUGAAAAAGGGCAAUUAUUGUAUGAGGCACAUUUAUUUUUUGUGAUGAUA